AUGAAAUCAGUAUUGAAUAAUUCAAGGAUCAAUAUUGUUGAAGAAAAUGUGAGUAGCACAAAAGACAACUCUCUCGACAAUCUGCAGGUAAAAACAUCUGCUAAAAACAGUAUUAUUUCAAAAAUAAGUACAAAUGUUGACCAAUCUAAAGAUAAUGAGGUUUUAAGUGGUAACCUUUUUUCAAGUGUUGAAACAUCUACAUUUAAAUUUAAAGUAUCAAAAACUACACAAGUAAUUAAAUCAGAUACAAAAAAAGGUAGCAUUGGUGCAGAGCGGAAAACAUUUUCUUUAGAAGCAAAUACAGAAGAUAUACAAAAUAUUAAUGAUAACAUUACUGUGAAUACUGAAGAUGCUUUGACAUUAAUUUUCAAUCAAUGCAAUAGAAGACCCAAUAAAUUGGGGAUUGAAAAAACUGCUCUAUUAAAUAGUAAGGAAAAUAUUGUCUGCACGUUUGUUAAACCACUUAAAUUAUUACCAAGGAGUUUUAGAAGAAGUCUAAUUUCAAAUCCAGAACCAGUUUUAUUUUUUCUUAAGGGUUCGUUGGAUACACCAAAGAUAGUACAUAAAGAUGUAGGUAUACAAUGUACACUUAUCAAGAACAAUAAAGAAACAAUUUUAAAACAAACAGCAAAUGUUCAAACACAAACAGAAGAAAUUCAACUUAAUUUUAAUAAUGUAUCAUCUUGUAAUAAAAAUGACACAGAAAAUAAUUUACACAAGACAGGUUUAGUUAAGGAAAUUAAUGUAUAUAAAGAUAUUAGAAAUGAAUCUCAAGAACAUAAUAAAAUAGAAUAUAUAGGCUAUGACUUAAUGUCCAAUACAUACACAAAGAAAUGUAAUUCAUCACUAAGGGAGAAUGCAGAAGACACAGAAGAUAUUCUUGAAGUAACAAAUGACAUACAUAAAAGAUUUAAUCAGAAAAGUAAAGAGAAAUCAUUAUCACCAAGUUAUGAUUUACCAGACGAGACCCUAGUAGCUGAAACAAGCAAACCUGAAAUAUUAUUAGAAAGUGAUCAAAUUGAAAAUGUCAUGGGAAUUUUGAAAGAAAAAUAUUCAUGCCAUGAUGAUGAAUUUGAAGAAACUACAAUAAAAAAUCAAGGAGACACUUCUAAAUCAUCUAAAAGAAAACGUGAAGAAAAAGAAAUUGAUGAGAGGGAAAUCAAUAUUCCAGCAAGUGGAGGAAACACAUCUUUUUCUUCUGAUUCUGAUAUACAAUCAUGUUUACGGCCUGUUAAAUCAGUACAACUACCUGACAUGUCCGAUGACGAAAUGGUAAUGGAUGAAAAUAUGACGGUUAAGUUUAUUUCUAUGCAGGAUUCAGAGAAUGAUGACACAAAUAUUAUAAAAAAACGUAAAGUGCAACAAUUGAUUUCUAGUGGAAGUUCAUCAAUGAAAGAGAACAAACAUAACAAUCCACUUGAAGAAGAUAGCGAGCCAAUGGAUUAUGAUGAUAUACUAUCGACAGUGUUUGCCAAUAUUGAUGCUGAAUUAAAUACUGGUUCUAAAAAAGUUCAAGACGAAGUUCUAGAAACAAGAAAAGAAAAUCCGCAUUCUAAAGUUAAGUCUAAUACUCCUAACAAGGAAUAUAGUUCUAAUAGAAGUCCUAUGAAGCAGAUUUUAAGUAAAAACAUACAAAAGCCUGCUAUUUUGUGUUCAUCGACUCCUAAAAUUAAUAGUAAAUCUAACAAUAGUGCAGAAAGAAGGUCUUUAGAAAUCUCCAUAAAUACUCUUGAUAAAACCGCUGAUCUUGAUAAAAUAGUAAGUGCUAUAGAAUGCGAUUAUAUGCAGAAAGAAUUGGACACUUUGAACCAAACCGAUAUUCUGAGCGAAUUACAGAGAAAUAUGUGCAGAAGUGAAACAGAAAAUGAGAGAUCACAGAUACCGCAAUCACUUUUCAGAUCUUCAUUAGUAAAACAAGGGCCUUAUUCAAAAUCAAGAAGGUCAUUAAUUUACCAAGACUUCAAACAAAACAAAUCCCCUCAAAUUAUGUUCAAAUCUCCAAAAGAUACAUUGAAUGAAACCAUUAGCACUAUAGUGGACUAUCCAAAAGAGAACACUGAACCAUUUAUAUCAUCAUUGAGUAAAACUAAUACUGAACCAGUUGAGAUGGAAAUUUCAUCUUCUUUAGAACAACAUCAAAAUCGAGCUUUAAUGCAGCAUACAUUUGAUGUUAGGGAGAAAAAUGUAGAAAUAGUUGAAAAUACUGAAAUAUCUGAGACAAGGUUAGAACCAGAAAUAGACUUUGUGCCAAGUUCCAUGGAGACCAAACCAAUUUGCUUAGCUUGUAGUUGCUUAUUGCAAGAUGAUAUAAUCUUAGUGAAAAAUUUUGCUGAUCAAUUCAAUCUAAAAUUUGUUAUGCAAUAUGAGGACUCAGUGACGCACCUUAUUGUAAGAGUGAAUAAAGAAAAUUGUGCUGAAAGGUCACUAAAAUUCAUAAAUGCUAUGGUAUCUGGAAUAUGGGUUCUAAAUAAGAACUGGAUAAGCGAUAGUUUAGCAAAAAAAGAACUUCUUCCAGAAUACAAGUACGAAGUAUUGGAUAUCUCAUUAGAACCUGGACCAAAAAGAAAUCGAAUUUCAUUACCAAAAUCAUUGUUCAUAAAUAUUAAAGUUUUUGUGAUUGGACCUUUUCAUAGCACAAGUGCAGACGAGUUCAAAUUGUUAUUGAAAAAUACUGGAGUUAUGAUUCAAAACAGUCAUAUUAGUGCACAAAUUGUUGUAAUGGAUGAUGGAGAGCAUACUAAAGAAGAAAUUGAAGAAACCUAUAAAUAUUGCACUAAACCCAUAGUUGAUAUGGGAUGGUUCCUGGAUUGCAUUUGUCGGGGUCGUUUAGUGAAAAUAACAGAGCAUUUGCUGUUACCCGAUAUAUCAGAAAUUGAUCUGAAAAACUAUCCUUCACAAAUAUUCCAAGACACAGAACGACUUUAAUAGUAGUUGAAGCAGUGCCAUUACUGAUAUUAUGAUGAACAUGAGAGAUAUAUAUAUAUAUAUGUGAAAUAUAAUGUUA